AUGAUUAAUUAUAACUUAAAUAUAUUCAACAACAUCCUUCAUUAGGUUUAGAUCUAGAAUUCAGUUGACUACCUUAAAUAGUUUAUGCAUUAGAGAGUAAGAAAAUUGUUUUUUGCAUUUGAGGUUGAUGAAUUAAAGUAGAUAUUUUAAAACUUUUAUGAGCUUAUUAAUCUGCUUAUAAUUAAGGAUCCUACUUAGCCUUUGCUCCUAAUUCAAAUGCAGUUUAGAAAGCCUCUUUUACUCCUUCUCCAUUUCUUGAAGAUGUCAAGAACAAAGGAAAAUCAAUAUUAAAAUUAGCUUUCAAUGCUAUUUAAAUUUACUAUAGUUAUUCCUUAGUGUAUUAGAUAGGGAGAUCCUUUUUAGUUCCAAUUAUGAUCAUUU